GUUUACCCUCGCCUGGCAUCCGGGGAAAUAUGCCCGAGGGUUGCACGAAAUUCAUGUCCAGGCUGAAGACGAUCGCGGAGGGAAAACCGUCGUGGAAUAUCCCUUCUCUUUGGAUCUAACCGUCGCGCCUUUGAAUACCAUGGGGAGGAUCGUGUUGACAGCGAAUUUGACUUCUUUUGCUCAGUCAAUGUUCGGAUUCUGCAUUUUCCUUGCCGUGUUCCCGCUGUGCUUGCUGAGGCUCAUCCACUGGUACAUCAUCCGUGGGAAAUUGCCGGCGACUUUGGUGCUGACGAGGAAGUACUUCAUGGGUUUGCGAAGGUUAUGGCUGUUGUCGACGGUCGACAGGCUGUUUUAUCCCCUGGUACUGUACCCAUUGUAUCUCACGUUCGGGCCGUGGUUCGCCGGAGAAAUAAUUGAUGGGUACACGGGGGUGACUUUCGCCUGGGGAAGUGUAAUAUCCGGCAGAUACAUUCCAGCCGGUGCCCUGACUUAUGGGUACGGGUUCCUCCAGAUGGUCUUGUACCAGAUUCCGCUCGUCUUUGUCUUGUCCGGCAUCACUCAUCAGAGGUAUGAGCAACUGUGCGCUGGGAAGCCAUUGACGCUGAAAAAGUUCCUGCGGACGAACGUGCCGAUAUUUGUGCUGAUUUGCAUAAUGACCAUGUUCGCCAUUUACUUUGGAGUCGGCUACGGAGUCACCGCAUUUUUCUUGGGUCCUCUGAGGACUUAUUCGGUUGUUUUGGCCGUGGUGCUCUGGUAUCAUGCUCUCAAGUUGCCGAAGGAAUCUUUCAAACGCGCUGAGCAGAUUUGGUCAUUGGCGGCGACACAGCAGAUUCACUGA